GGCUGGCCCCGCACGGGAGGGCGGCCGGAGCGCUGGCCUGCUCCGCCAUGAGCGCCCCGGACGAGCAGGCGGCGCCGGCCCCCGCCGCCGAGGAGGAGGACGACGGCAUCACCUGGUGGUACCGCUGGCUCUGCCGCCUGGCCGGCGUCCUGGGCGGCGUCUCUUGUGCCUUAGCCGGCCUCUUCAACUGCAUCACUGUUCAUCCACUCAACAUAGCAGCCGGAGUCUGGAUGAUGCUGAAUGCCUUCAUCCUCAUUCUCUGCGAAGCACCGUUCUGCUGCCAGUUUGUUGAGUUUGCAAAUGCAGUGUCGGCAAGGGCAGAUAAGCUCCGCCCCUGGCAGAAAGCGGCUUUCUACUGUGGGAUGGCUGUGUUUCCGGUCAUACUGAGCCUGACUCUGACAACAUUGCUGGGCAAUGCCAUUGCGUUUGCGACAGGCGUGCUAUAUGGGCUUUCGGCCUUGGGCAAAAAGGGAGAUGCCAUUUCGUAUGCGAGGAUGCAGCAGUUGCGCAAACAAACCAAUGAAGAGGGCCUGACAGGGACUGUGGAAGGGCAGGCGGUGUGACAUCCCACUCCGGAAGGAUCCAUUUGGGGCCAGUAGUUCCCUGCUUGACUUGCUGCAAAGUCCACACUGGUGGUAAAACUGACCUCAGAACUCGCUUUGAAGCUCUCCCAAACUUCCAUUCCAGGACAGGGGAGGAAAGCUUAACCCAUUUCUCCCCAAAAUAUCUUUUAGAAAACGGAACAAAUGUAAACACUGUGAAUCAAAUAUGCUGCAGCUUUUAAUAGGGAGGGGCUUGAAUCAGGACUCCUCACUUCAGGCCCCCCUCCCUCUCAGUUCUCAGGUUGGACUGGAACCAAAUAGGGUGAAAAGUCCAUUCCCCACAAUACCAGGAUGUAUUCUGAGACAACCCUUCAAAUGCUGCUCGACAACAGCCCGCUUUGGCGGCUCGGUAUAGUACUUCUGGGACCAACAGGUGCUAUAGCCCCAGGUCUUGAGUUUUUAUGGGGAGGGCAGUGAGGACGUCAGCUGAACACCCGCGUUCUAAUUUGUAAGGGGGUCUGGGGGUGACUAAGCUUUGCCUGCUGCUGUGACUUCUGGGUGUUGCAGACUUUGGUAACUUCACCCCCUUCCCUAAAAAGAGUGUUUCUGUUGUUCUAGUUUAGAUGUUCAGUGAGAUAGUAUAGUAAUUUUAGAACUUAGUGGUAGGGUGCUGAUUAUGAGAUGCCUCAGGGCAGGCGGGGAGGAGUGACUCCUUAAAGAUUCUUGGUUUGUGUUUUUCCAAAAUUUUCAGUCUCCCCUAAAGACUACUUGGUGUUUUUACUAUUUAAUAAAAGAGAAUACUUUGUAGGUAUGGCCAGAGUCAGCUCCCCUACCCCUCCUAGCUGGCCAGAGGUGGCGUGGUUUGAAUGCCCGCCCUGCCAGCUGGAAGGGCCUUGAUUAGAGCUCCCCCUCAGCCCUGGCUGUACAGCACAAAACUUGGACUCUUUAACUCUGAGGCAUUGGACAUUCUGUGCUUCUGGUUGCUCUUUCUUAGAACAGCUUCCUGGGUCUGGGGAGCAGUAUAGAUUUGAUUCUUUUUCAGCUGUUAAUUAUUAAUAAGGUACUUUUCUGUGCUUUCUGUUUACAUUUAAUUUAUUGAUGCCUACCACCACCUCUACUCGUCAGCAUAAUUAUUUAAAUUAUUUAGGACUUUAUUUAGGACAUUUUUGGUUUUCUUUGGGUAUGGAGCACAUGACAUUGGUGCUUUCUUGCUGGGAAAUGUUUUUUUUCUUCACAUUCACAUUUGUUCUAAGAAAGGAGAUGGUUCUUUGUUGCUUGGGAACAAACUCUCUUUAACGGAGUAAAAUGCUAUCUAGGAUUUAGGCAUGAGAAUUUUACCUGCUGGCUGUAGUGUUGUAUACAACCAGCUGGGGUCAGUAGCUGCCACAGGAUGUGGUGGGAACAGUAGGAACCAGAGCAAAAAACUUCCUUUUCAAAGAACAGAAGUUGUCCUAGUUUUGUGUUGCUUAUUGAAAAGCAGGGGGAAAACAUUGUCAGCAAGUUCUUCUUUUUCUCUGAAAUUUCAGAUGAAUGAACGAGUUCAGUACCAUUUUCUUCCAUGUGCAACUUCUGGGAGUUCUUGCACUGGCUUCUUAGGAUGCUGUCCUGCAUGGAUCUUACACAGGGGACAGGGCCAUAUCAUUCAUGAGGCUGACUCGGCUGAAGCCUGGGGGCCCUGCAGGGGCUAGGAGCCCGUCAAUAUUUUUUUGCUGAGGCACAGGGUCAGGCUGUCAACUGUAGUGGGGUGAAAGAUUGACGUGCCAGAAGGGACCUGAAAGGCUAGGGGCUCAGCCAUGGGUUAAUAUGGCCUUGAUCGUACACAACCUGGUUGAUCUAUCCAGAGCCUGCGGCUUUCUCUUUUGGGUGCUUUUAACAACUUACUGUAACCAGCACCUUCUCCUCAGGUGGUAGAAAUGCACUGGACUUGAGCGUUCAUCACAACAGGGCCAUCUGACAGCAAUGCUGAUUCUGUGAACCUGGGCAGAUCAUGAGAGGGGGGGCAGGAAGGGUUACACUAUGCUUAGUUCUCGUGGCCCCUUCUUACAUGCCCAGGGUAAUGCCAAUCACCAUCUUGGGGUCAGGUAGCAAUUUUAUCCAGGUCAGUUUGGCUAGGGAUCCUGACAGUGUUUUGCCAUCUUCUGGGCAUGGAGCAAGGAUCAGUGUGUGUGUG